AUCCCUCAGAGGAGUGUCCUGAGACUAUGGUUUAUAACUAUAGCGUGAAGUACUGCAACCAGUCCUGCCGCUCGCUGGAUGAGCCUGACCCCCUGUGUGAAGUCCAGAUGGCUCCUCUGGAGGGCUGUGGGUGCCCUGAAGGGACCUACCUCAACGAUGGGGAGGAAUGUGUAACUCCAGAUGAUUGUCCCUGCUACUACAAAGGGAAGAUCGUUCAGCCUGGCAGCUCCUUCCAAGAGGACAAGCUGAUGUGCAAAUGCAUUCAAGGAAGAUUAGACUGCAUUGGAGAGACUGUCCUGGUAAAAGAUUGCCCAGCUCCUAUGUAUUACUUCAACUGCAGCUCUGCGGGUCCCGGGGCCAUUGGAUCAGAGUGUCAGAAGAGCUGCAAGACUCAGGACAUGCACUGUUAUGUCACAGAAUGUGUUUCUGGCUGCAUGUGUCCCGAUGGGCUGGUGCUGGAUGGCAGUGGAGGAUGCAUUCCCAAAGACCAAUGUCCCUGUGUCCAUGGAGGACACUUUUAUAAACCUGGGGAAACCAUCAAAGUGGACUGCAACACAUGCACCUGCAACCAGAGGCAGUGGAACUGCACAGACCAUCCCUGCAAGGGAACCUGCACCGUGUAUGGAAACGGGCACUACAUGAGCUUUGAUGGGGAGAAGUUUGAUUUCCUGGGAGACUGUGACUAUAUCCUAGCUCAGGAUUUUUGCCCCAAUAACAUGGAUGCUGGCACCUUCCGAAUUGUCAUUCAGAACAAUGCCUGUGGGAAGUCACUCUCCAUCUGCUCCCUGAAGAUCACACUGAUUUUUGAGAGCAGUGAAAUCAGGCUCUUGGAAGGAAGAAUUCAGGAGAUAGCCACUGAUCCCAGAGCUGAGAAGAAUUACAAAGUGGAUCUCAGAGGAGGUUAUAUUGUGAUUGAAACAAAUCAAGGGAUGAACUUCAUGUGGGACCAGAAGACUACUGUUGUUGUUCAUGUGGCACCAUCUUUCCAGGGCAAAGUCUGUGGCCUUUGUGGGGACUUUGAUGGCCGCUCGAGGAACGACUUCACAACCAGAGGGCAGUCCAUGGAGAUGAGCAUCCAGGAGUUUGGAAACAGCUGGAAAAUCACAAGCACUUGCUCAAACAUCAACAGGACAGACCCGUGUGCUGAUCAGCCUUUCAGGUCUGCCCUGGGCCAGAAGCACUGCAGCAUCAUCAAGAGUAGCAUCUUUGAAGCCUGCCACAGCAAGGUGAACCCCAUCCCCUACUACGAGUCGUGUAUCUCUGACUUCUGUGGCUGUGACAGCGUGGGGGACUGUGAGUGCUUCUGUACCUCUGUUGCUGCUUACUCCAGGAGCUGCAGCAGGGCUGGUGUCUGUGUGGACUGGAGGACUCCUGCCAUCUGCCCCGUGUUCUGUGAUUAUUACAACCCCCCUGACAAACAUCAGUGGUUCUACAAACCCUGUGGAGCUCCUUGUCUAAAGACCUGCAGGAACCCCCAGGGGAAAUGUGGGAACUUGCUGUACAGUUUAGAAGGCUGUUACCCAGAGUGCAGUCCUGACAAGCCAUAUUUUGAUGAGGAAAGCAGGAAGUGUGUCUCCCUGGCCAACUGCACUUCAUGCAAUCCUGAAGAGAAACUAUGUGCUGAAGACUCCAAAGAUUGCCUCUGCUGCUACAAUGGAAAGACCUACACCUUAAAUGAAACCAUCUACAGCCAAGUGUCUGGGCCUGAGUGUGGUGAUGCUCUCUGUGGCCCGGGUGGAGAGGUCAUUAAAACUGUCAUCCCUUGCAGAACUCCUCCCACAACAGCACAAGAAGCACAUAUGGAACCUGUAACAACAUCUGCACCUCUGUCGUCAGCGGUGGCCACUCCCUGCUUCUGCAAUGACAAUGGACAAUUGAUAGCAAGGGGAGACAACAUUUCUCUGCCAGUGAACAUCUCUGGCCGUUGUGCCUACUCCCUUUGCAACGCAUCGUGUCGUUUGGAGUUCGUUUGGGCAGAGUGUAAACCUGCUCAAGCUGAGGCCCUCAAGAUCUGUGAUCCAGACUCCAAAACCUGUCCACUAACACCUGCUCCCAGUCCAAUAAGCCAAAUUCCUGCUUCGACGAGGUCUCCUGGGGGUGAUUGUUUGGGGCUCGUUCCUCCCAGAAAGUUUAAUGAAACGUGGCACUUUGGAAACUGCCAGAUGGCCACUUGCCUGGGAGAAGGAAACAGCAUUAAACUGUCCAGUGUGACCUGUCCUCCUCAGCAACUGAAACUCUGUGCCAAUGGUUUCCCAUUCACCAAGCACCAUGAUGAGACUGGUUGCUGUGAAGUCUUCGAGUGUCAGUGUAUUUGCAGUGGAUGGGGAAAUGAGCAUUAUGUGACUUUUGAUGGAACAUAUUAUAAUUUUAAAGAAAACUGCACCUAUGUCCUGGUGAAGUCAAUUCAUCCUGACUCUCACAGCUUCUGGAUUCACAUAGACAACUACUACUGUGCUGCCACGGAGGGGGCAAUUUGUUCAAUGUCUCUUCUCAUUUUUCACUCCAACUCUGUUGUUAUUCUGACACAAGCAAAGGAACGUGGAAAAGAAACUAACUUGGUUUUGUUUAAUGAUCAGAAAAUUGUCCCAGACAUUUCCAAGGACGGUAUCUGGAUAAGCAGCUCUGGUAUUUAUGUCAUAGUUGAAAUACCUGAGCUGGAAGUUUAUAUCUCCUACAGUCGACUUGCAUUUUACAUAAAACUCCCUUUUGGAAAGUUUUCUAACAGCACCAUGGGGCUGUGUGGUACCUGCACCAACCAGAAGUCUGAUGAUGCUAUGAAGAGGAAUGGUGAAGUUAUUGAGUCCUUCAAAGAGAUGGGAUUAGAUUGGGAAGCUGCAGAUCCUACCAACAGAUACUGUAAACCCAGUGUCCCAGAGCCAGCUGAGAUGGAAUUUCAUCAGCACUGUGAGCCUUCCGACCUGUGCAAAAUCAUCUGGAACCUGACCGAGUGCCACGGCGUGGUGCCCCCCCAGCCCUACUACGAGGCUUGUGUGGAGAGUGGGUGCUCCCAGCAGCACCCUGGGGCCGAGUGCCAGAGCUUGCAGACCUACGGGGGUCUGUGUGGGCUCCACGGGGUCUGCGUGGACUGGAGGGGGCGAGCCAGCGGCCGCUGCGAGGCCAGCUGUCCUCAGGAUCAAGUGUACAAGCCAUGUGGGGAAGCAAAAAGAAACACUUGCUUCAGCAGAGAAGUCAUCAUGGGUACCCUCCCCUCCAAAAACAGCACACCAGUGUUUGUGGAGGGAUGCUACUGUCCUGAUGGCCAAACUCUGCUGAAUGACCGUGAUGGCAUCUGUGUCUCUGUCUGUGGUUGCACUGCACAAGAUGGGUCAGUGAAACAGCCUAGAGAGGCUUUGGGGCACAACUGCCAGUACUGUGCUUGUGAUGAAGCAACCUUGGAAGUCUCCUGCUUCCCCCGCCCUUGUCCUAAAUCUCCACCCAUCAACUGCACUAAAGAGGGCUUUGUAAGCAGAAUAAAGCCACGUUUGGAUGACCCGUGUUGCACAGAGACAGUGUGUGAAUGUGAUAUAAAAACCUGUAUCAUCAACAAAAGUGCGUGUGACUUGGGGUUCCAACCAGUGGUUGCUAUAUCUGAGGAUGGUUGUUGUCCUAUCUUCUCCUGUAUACCAAAAGGUGUAUGUGUUUCUGAAGGAGUUGAAUUUAAGCCAGGGGCAAGGGUGCCCAAAAGCUCUUGUGAGGACUGUGUGUGCACAGAUGAGCAGGACACUGGGAGCCAGACCAACCGCAUCCAGUGUGUCCCAGUGAAGUGCCAAACCACCUGCCCCCAGGGUUUCCUCCAUGUGGAAGAGGAGGGUCAGUGCUGCAGCCAGUGCCAGCAAGUGGCCUGUGUGGCAAGUUUUCCGUCUGGCAAUGUGACCAUUGAGGUUGGGAAGAGUUAUAAAGCUCCACACGAUAACUGCACUCAGUACACGUGCACUGAGUCAGCAGGCCAGUUUUCCUUGACUACCAGAGUGAAGGUCUGCUUACCCUUUGAAGAAUCAAACUGUGUCCCAGGGACAGUGGAUGUGACUUCAGAUGGCUGCUGUAAGACAUGCAUUGACUUGCCCCACAAGUGCAAGCGCAACGUGAAGGAGCAGCAUAUUGUCCAUGGCAACUGCAGGUCAGCAGCUCCAGUCCCAGUGCCCUUUUGUGAAGGGACAUGCAGCACCUAUUCUGUGUAUUCCUUUGAGGCCAGUGCAAUGGAACACAAAUGCAUUUGCUGCCACGAAAAAAGGAGUCACGAAGUGAAGGUGGAACUGGUUUGCUCUGAGCAUAAGAGAGUCCAGUUCACUUAUGUGCAUGUAGAUGAAUGUGGAUGUGUGGAAACAAAAUGCCCAAAGAGGAGAACAUGA